AUGGCAAGAUCUCAUACCAACGUUUCAGCAAUCGCUACAGCAGUUUCUUCCGCCAAAACUUUGAAGAAAACAUCCGUUUCCAGGGGAAACGGCAGAACGCUGAAAAAUCCGCCAGUGAACGAAAUGGUAAAGUCCGCCCUCAAAGCCCUCAAGAAUCGGAAAGGAUCCUCCCUGUACGCCAUCAAACGAUACAUCGGAGCGAACUACGAAUGCAACGUAGCAAAGUUGUCUCCCUUCAUCCGAAAGGCCCUGAAAGCUGGCAUCGAAAAAGGCACGCUGAUUCGGACCACGGGAAUCGGUGCUUCCGGUUCGUUUAAGUUGGUGAGUGCACAAGCAAUGACAGAAAUGCAGCCAACAACGGCUACUGGGGAGCAAAGGAAGGUCAGUGGAUUGAAAUCCUCCAAGGAGCAGAAACUUGGUACUGAGUACAGGAAUGGCGUUUCGAAGCAAACUGGCACCGUUCCUCUGAGGAUUGCAGCCAAAAGGUCGAGGACUGCUGGGGCAACUACAUCGGUCAAUGUGCCUGUCAAGGAUUAG